AUGGGCCCUGUGGUAAAGAAAUUAAGGAACACCAUAGCAGUGAAGAAGGAGAUAGUAGAAAAAUACAAGAGUGGUGUUUGUGUGGGGGAGCUUGCCAGGAUGCACAGCAAAAACAAAUCAACUAUCACUUCUAUACUGGCAAAGAGAAAAGAACUCAAGGAAGCUGAUGUUGCAAAAGGUGUUGUCACAUUAUCCAAAAAUAGAUCACAAACAGUCAAAGAGGUUGAGAAGUUGUUGGUGGUGCAUAUCAACAAUAAACAGUUAGCGGAGAUGCGUGAACCACCAUACUACAGUCAUUACUCCAGGGCUCGCCUCUUCAUCCACAACAUUGUCACUAGCAAAUAUUUCGACUUGGCGAUUGCAGCAGUCAUUGGCCUUAAUGUUGUUACAAUGGCGAUGGAAUUUUACAAAAUGCCAAAGGAGCUGGAAUAUGCCUUGCAAAUCUUCAAUUACUUCUUUACGGCAGUGUUUAUCUUAGAAUCAGCCAUGAAGAUGGUGGCACUGGGUUGUCGUCGUUACUUCCAGGACAGCGAGGAGUAUAGAUGGAACCAGCUUGAUGUUUUCAUUGUCAUCUUGUCUGUGGUUGGCAUUGUGCUGGAAGAAAUGAAGAAUGACAUCAUCCCCAUCAAUCCUACGAUCAUAAGAGUCAUGCGAGUGCUUAGGAUUGCUCGAGUGCUGAAGCUGCUGAAGAUGGCCAAGGGUAUCCGUGCUCUGCUGGACACUGUGAUGCAAGCUCUGCCUCAAGUGGGGAACCUUGGCCUUCUCUUCUUCCUUCUCUUCUUCAUUUUUGCUGCUCUUGGAGUGGAACUCUUUGGCAGACUAGAAUGUGAUGAUGACCACCUUUGUCAGGGACUAGGGGAACAUGCCCACUUUAAACACUUUGGCAUGGCAUUUCUCACACUAUUUAGGGUUGCAACAGGUGAUAAUUGGAAUGGCAUUAUGAAGGUGAGAGCUCCUUUAUUAUUGCAAGACAGCAUUUUGAUUAAUUUUAUUAGGAAUAUAAAUAACAUUUUGAAUCUAAACUGCUACACAUCUAAGGUCCUAGUGUGUCAAUACAUGCUUGCAGAAUAA